AUUAUUAUCAAUGAAGUUUGAAUUUCAUAAUAAAUAGGCAAUUCGUCGUUACAGGAAAAUAUCAAUCGUAUAUAAAGUGUGGGAACAAUUUAGGGCAUUACUUGUAGUUAGUUUCUUCGUACAAACAACAUGUCUGGAAAAUAUAAUUAUUUGACUAAUAGUGAUUUUGUUGUUAUUAUUUUAACGAUCAUGUUCCAAUUCCUACGUGUCAAUGCAUUUAUACUUCCGCGAAUAAGUGAAUCCAAGCCUCUGUUACUCUUGAGCGACAACAAGUACUCAGUGGCGCCUCCUUUGAUUCCUGAUGAUUGCAAAGAAGCUUAUAUAUGCGACCACGUGGGAAAUUAUCCGUCUGAACUUGCCGCUAAUAUACUGGCUAGGCUAAUGUUGUUAAACAUCACAAAAUUUGCAAAUGACCAAUUAGACAUAGGCAGACACGAUGACUUGGGCGAGAUCUCUGAACUGUGCGCGACAAAUAAGGAAAGGAUCAUGACGCCACUAGCUGCAAAAGAUUACAACAACGAGUGGCAUUUUAUCCUAAACAUGCCGCGAUAUCCAAGCUUUCAAAGCUUUAGAAUUCAUGAGUGUCGGAAGGAGGAAAAGGUUUCUUGCUUCGCCGCUCACGUAGCCAGCAAUGACUUCAGCGGCCUGAAUUGUGAACAAGUGUAUACCAAAAGAAAAAUGGUUUACAUGCAUCUAGGGAAGAACAUUCUUACAAUUGAUGAUUUUACUGUGCCAAGCUGUUGUAAUUGCUUUUUAGAACCCAGUUGAAUAGGGGUAUAGGUGCCUAGAAAUAAUAAGAUUAUUGAUAAUUAUUAAGGGCAACUUGAAAAUUCUCGGAAAAAAAAAUAAAAAAUGGUAAAUUAAUCUAACCAAUUGCUUUUGUCUCCAACCGGCCAGUUUGGAAUAAAAUGAUGCAACUGGUUGAUUAAGAAUUACUGAUGUAAAGGGCGAGAAAAUAAAUAAAAAAUGAAAAAAAUGUACAUGGAAAAAAAUAGCGUAGAAAGUAAAUAAAUAGAUAUUUAAGGAACUAAUUGUUAGACUUAAGACACUUAAGUUUACCAUUAAGGUAGUGAUCCAGCAGUCCAACGGUUAUUUAUUUAGUAAUGAUCUAUUACAAAAAAUUUGCAAAGCAAAUUAAAAUGUAAUAAAUAAUGUAGCUAUAGUUUUAGUAUCGCUACAUCGCUACAUCGCUACAUCGCUAGUCGCUCCUGCUACAUCGCUACACUAAACUCUGUGUUAAUGUCAAUAGAUGGCGCUUCUUUUAAAUUUACUAUUUUGUAUACCACCGAUAUUAUUUGUUUUUAAUUUAUAAGGAGUACUUUUAAGUAACAUAAUAAUUAUUAAAAAAUACAUAUAUAUUUAUAUGACCUUCGUGACCUUGGAAAUUGUAAAUACUGUAGUGUAAUCUUUUACAAUCAUUUAAAAAUUACAUGCAAUAAAACAUUA